GGCUUCAUCGAAAAAGAGGUGCUGCCUUCAUGUCUUUCCCUGCCCCUAGAAAUUGCAACAAGGCCGCGGCAGACCUCUGAUACCCGUCUUCCUCCGUUCUCUCCAACACCUGAUCCCUCCAUUUUCUUUCAACAGCAGAUUCCACCAUGAAAUUCUCGAUCUCGGCCCUCGUACUUGUUUCCCUGGCAGGUGUCUCCGACGCCUUCGUCGCCCGAUCGCAAAAGGUCUCCGUUCCCACCAAGCUGAACGUUGCCACCGAACCACCCACCGUCAAGGUCCCUGUUCUCGACGAAGUAUGCGAGACCACCGGUGUCACCCUCAAGCGAUACAUGAACGAGGUCGCUAUGCUCAACCCUGAAUUGACCGAGCUCACCACUCUCUUUGGAGCAAUCGACACCGCCUGCAAGGCCAUCACCAACAUGGUCAAGCGAUCCCAGUUGCCCUCCAGUGAGACCCUCGGAUACCAGGGAGAGGUCAACGUCCAGGGAGAAGACCAGAAGAAGCUCGAUGUCAUCACCAAUGAUGUCCUCAAGCGCGCCCUUCGAUUUACCGGACGCAUGGGAGUUUUGGCUUCGGAGGAAGAAGACGUGCCAGUAAGUAUAGAACUAGUAAACACACAGUGAACGUGCGACGCGUUUGUUGUCUACGCUGUCUCCAUAGUGGAGUCGUGGAAAUAGGGAUCCGUUCCGCUACCGAAGUUGGGAAAGCCAGCAGAGGCAACUCUGAUGAAAAGUAGAAUUUCGUGUAGCGGGACAUACCUUCCCUGCCUCUGGCCAUUGCACAAACGCGUGCGCGUGCCUUUCGUUUUCCAAACCGAUUCCUCUCAUAUCCCAAUUCUUUUCGUCCGUCGCACACCAGGUCGAUCUUGUCAACACCGAUAAGGACGCCGUAUUCACCGAAACCAACAAGUACGUUGCCGUCUUCGAUCCUUUGGACGGAUCCUCCAACGUCGACGCCGGAAUCCCCACCGGAACCAUCAUUGGAAUCUACGAGCACGAUGAGAACUGCUCUAUGGAUGAAUCCUGCAUCGGAGAGGACUGCACCGCCCAGGAGCUCAACUGCCUCACCAACACCCUCCAACCCGGAACCAGCCUAGUUGCUGCCGCCUACUGCCUGUACUCUUCCUCCACCUUUUUCGUUUUGACCAUCGGUGCCGGUACCUAUGGAUUCACCCUCGAUGAAAACCUCGGAGAAUUUGUUCUGAGCCACCCCAACAUGAAGAUUCCUGAAACCUCCUCGAUCAUGUCCUUCAACGAGGCCAACACGCACAUGUGGGACGAACCCCUCCAAAAGGUCGUCGACGGAUGGAAGAACGGAACCGGCAAGUCUGGAAAGACCUUCUCCAGCCGCUAUGUCGGAUCCAUGGUUGGUGACGUCCACCGCACCCUUCUUUACGGAGGUGUCUUUGGAUACCCCGGUGAUGCCAAGAACCCCAACGGAAAGCUCCGAUUGUUGUAUGAGGGAGCCCCUAUGUCCUUCAUCAUGGAACAAGCGGGAGGUGUUUCCACCACUGGAAAGGAGCGUGUCAUGGACAUCAAGCCCGAUUACGUCCACCAACGGGUUCCUAUGGUCAUGGGAUCCAAGAAUGAUGUCGAAGAAGUCAUCGAGGCCUACAAGAACGCGGAAUAAACAAACAAAACCGACGAGAAUCAACGAAUUGCAGAUUAUAGAUAAUAUACUAAUUGUAUUAAG